AAUUGCUACAAAUCAUGUUUUGCUCUAUUGUAAACCAAACCGGUUAUUAACCGAGAGUUGCACAUGCGAAUUUCUACAUUAUCUGUCACUUUUUUCAUCAACAUUUCCAUUUCUGAAACUGAAAUGUUUUUAGAACGACAACGACAUUCAGAGAGGAGUGUACAGUUACUCUGUCCGUGGAAAGAACAUUGAGGUGCGUGAAAGUAGUGUUGAUUUUUAAUUUUUACAAACAUUAAUAAUUCGUUUACCGUUUUAUUAAAUACAUAAACCAUGUGCUAAGUGCGUUUAUUCCAUGUAUUUGGCCCUGUUAUGUAGCAACUAGUUUACGAAUCUUCAAGAAGACAAGAAAAAUCUAGAUUCGAUCUCUAUAGCGGUUUUUGCGGGUGCGCUGCUCCUCUGCUAAGGAGGGCCGUAACUACAUUUUCGUAGUUCAAUAAAAAGGUAAAUAAAUCUAAACUGGACAAAGGCUUCAUUCAAUUCGGGCUCGUGUACGUGUGCUGCAUCGAUCCCAUUACAUAUUCACUAAACCAUGAGGUGAAACCAACCAACCAUUAGACAUGCAAUUGAAGAGGCCGUUUCGAAUCGGUCUGAAGAAGACCUGCGGCCUGGUCAUUACCGCGCUAGUGCUCUACGUCAUCGUGCACUCAUUCAUCGGCUCUAUGACCUCUGACCUCUCGACUUCUAUGAUCUCUGAACAAAAAUACGUCAUCGGAAAUGACAAACGGGUCUACGAGUACAAUCGACAAAUGCCGUUGAUUUUUAUCGGUGGUGUUCCGAGGAGCGGGACGACGCUGAUGAGAGCCAUGCUGGACGCGCAUCCAGAUAUAAGAUGUGGUCAAGAAACGCGAGUUAUUCCGAGACUGCUCCAAAUGCGAUUCCAUUGGCUGAAAUCCGAGAAGGAGUCUGUGCGACUUGAACAAGCCGGCAUCACAAAAAACGUUCUAGAUUCGGCCAUAGCAGCCUUUACUCUGGAAAUUAUUGCCAAACAUGGAGAACCCGCUCCGAGAUUGUGUAAUAAGGAUCCGUUGACCAUAAAGAUGGGUACAUACGUCAUCGACUUAUUCCCCAAUGCCAAGUUCAUUUUUAUGGUUCGAGACGGACGGGCCACUGCUCACUCGAUCAUAUCCCGAAAAGUCACUAUUACAGGAUUUGAUCUUACCAGUUACAGGCAAUGCCUGAAGAAGUGGAAUACAGCUGUAGAAGCAAUGAAUAAUCAAUGUAAAGAUCUAGGACCGGACAAGUGUCUUCGAGUCCCUUACGAGCAAUUAGUAUUGCAUCCCAGAGAAUGGAUGAAAAAAGUACUGAAAUUUUUAAAUGUCUCUUGGAACGAUUCUGUCCUUCAUCACGAGGACUAUAUAAAUAAAGGAAUUGAAUUAAGCAAGGUAGAGCGGUCCAGCGACCAAGUAAUUAAGCCAGUGAAUCUAGAAGCGCUAACGAAGUGGGUGGGCAAGAUUCCAGAAGACGUGAUCCGCGACAUGGCAGACAUCGCCCCCAUGCUCUCCGUCUUGGGCUACGAUCCGUACGCCAACCCCCCCAACUAUGGCCAACCCGACGCCGAGGUGGCUCACAAAACCAAGGAAAUCCAAGAAAACAAAAACGUGUGGGACAAGAAGGCCCAAGAGAUGUUGUGGAAUUUCUACACAGAGCCGGAUCCGGCUAUAGAUAGGGAACCUAGUGACGAUCCGAAUAGUAUUACUUGACGGCUGACGUUUUAGGCCAAUCCGGGAAGGUUUUAGGGGGAAAAAUACUGGCACUGAUUUUUUUAAAUCAUAAGUUUACAAACAGCCGAACAAAGCUUUAUUGUACAGUUACACAUUUUAUAUAGAAACGAAUUUAUUGUAUAAUAGUAGUAUUUGUUACAUAUGUUUUGGGGAGAAAAUCAGGAAGAUAAUUUGAAUCCUUCGUCUUGUUUUUCUUUUCAUCGUUGAUAAUUUUAUUGUUCAAUUUUUGGAGCUUUUAAUAAAUUUCAGUUAAUUAUUCUGGUAGAUAACUGUGUCUACUUGUUUUAGCUCUGUUUAAUUUUGUUAAAUAUUUCCUAGUUUCUUCAUUUUUCUCUAGCUAUCUGUAGUUUGCUUUGUAUUUGCUAGUUUUUGUUAGUUAUUUUCCCUAGUUAUCUGACGGUUUACUUAGUUUUUCUUAUUUUUUUCUUUGUUUCUAUUAGUCUAGCAGUUUUUCAUAGUUUCUCUUUAGGUUCUCUUUGUGUCUCGUAAGCUGUUCUUUAUUAUAUUGAGUUUUUGCAGUUAUCGUUAGUUUUUUUAACAGUUUUUCUUUAAUUUCCUUAGUUUUAUUUACUUUUCCUCAUCUUUUCUUAUUUUUCCAUAGUUUUCUUUAUUGUUUACUCCUCUUUUAAAGUAUGAGUUGUAGUCCAUUGACAUGUUACAGUUUUUAGGCCUUAGCGAACAUUUUUCAGAGGACUCAAUUUUAUUUUUUUUUAAUGUGUAGGGGGUUAGUAUAAGUUUAAGUUCAAGUUUGUGGGGUCGUCGCCCUUAUCCCCCGGCCACCAUCGUGGAAAAAGGGGAGAAAAGAGUGUUCGUGCUGUAUCACGUAAUACUAAACCCUACAGAAAAUUUCCACUAAAAAUUUAUUUAAUUCCAUUAAUUUAUCGAGGUUUUACAGAGCUCCAAAAUUAGGUUUUAGUUUUCUAUUAUAUAGUUUUUUAUUCGUAUAAUUUUUCAUUUUGUUAACAUAAGGUAGAGUUUGGAGGCGCGUUUUUUUACGUGUUAUCCCCAUUAGGCCUAAUCCACAGACACUUUCCAUUCGAGAUAAUAUUGAUCAUAAUUAUAUACAGUAAUCACAAAAAGUAUCGCAUAAUUUUUGAAACAGAAAAAAAGUUUAAAAACAAGUUUUUAAUUUUUAGAGGAAUGUUAUAAUACUCGUCUUCUUUAAGUGUCCACAAACCCAUAACAUUUCAAGUUGAAGCCUGUUUUUGCAGAAAAAAAAAACAGUAACAAAACGUUGUUAAAACAGAAUAUUUAUUUUGGACAUUAUUUGUGUUCAAUAAUUUGAUCUGUGCACUAUGUCUGCUGAGUUUUCAAUGAGGAAGUGCGCUCUUACAAAAAAUGAGUACUAUUGGAUAUAAAAAUUGAGUUAAUACUCCCAAUCUUAAAGUUUGUAUUUUAAUAGUUGUGACACAAUCAUGGGGCAACCGGUUUCGAGGCUUACAAAUUCUGCCUCAUCAUCAGACCCAGUACAUAAAGUCUUCACAAUUACAAACUACAAGCUAAAAAUCACAAAAAGACAAAAUUGUACAUAUAUAAAAACAACUAUGUCUUGGUUAAGGGUACCAAAGUCCGAAAAUUGAAUUUUUUAAGUUUUUUUGGGUUAUGAUUGAAAAUUAUUCUCUGAAAUCAUCUCUUUUCAACGAUAUAUAACACAUUAUAGUAUAAAAUAUCCAUGGUUACAAAACUAUUUGUUUUCUGAACGUCUGCACUCAACUUACCGUGUACCGGUAGCUUUAUAGCGUAUUAGAGUGUUUUAUGUUUUUGCGAUUUCCCGAAUACUAGUUUUUUAAUUUUUGAUGUCAAAUAUCUCUGGAUCCUUAGAAGAUAAAAGGUUCAAAUUUUUACAGUAGUUGUAGAUGGACAAUAUCAAGUGUCGCGUAAAGGUUUAUCGAAAAAUAUACAAAAACAAGUAAAAUAAAAAAUAAAAUCUAAACUUUUUUGGGUUUUUUUGUAAGAGUAUUUUAAAAAAUUUUGAAAUAAAUGUUUCUUUCACUCUAACUUUACAAAAAUCUACGCGGCACUAAAAAAUAUAUCUAAUUUCAAAAUAACACAAAAAUUAGGUCUCUAAGUGCUUUAGUUACAGAGCUAUGUAACAUAAUGUUAACAUUGUCGUUAAAUAGGACUUCGGGUGCCCUUAAAACAAAAUAAAUACAUUAAGCAAAACAACUGUAGAGUAUUGAAUUUAGUAGUCUAUAGAGUAUAAUAUAUUGAGACAUUUUGCCAUUGGGAUUGACCAAUCUGAUGAGAUCCCUAAGAGAUGCUCGAAUAGACUCACGGUACACUACUUUUUACCUUAGCAUUGGAAAAUGUAUUGAAACAGCUCGACUGGGAGGAAAAAGGUCUAAACUUUGAUGGUGUACGUUUGAGUCAUUUGAGGUUUGCGGACGACAUAGUAUUAUUCAGUACAGAUAUUAAGGAACUGGAGCAAAUGAUGAAGGAACUAAACCAGCAGUCAAAUAAAAUAGGUCUCAAAAUGAAUCUUCAGAAAACAAAAAUAAUGAGUAAUGUACAAACUAAUCUUGUUAUUGACAACGUCAGUCUUGAAAAUGUAGACCACCGUAUAUAUCUUGGACAUACCAUUAAAAUCGGCAAAGAAAACCAAAUAGUCGAAAUAAAAAGACGCAUACAAUUGUCUUGGGUAGCUUUCGGCAAGUUAAGCUUUAUCUUGAAGAAUAGAGAUAUACCAAUGUGUCUAAAACGUAGAGUUUAUGACAAAUGUAUCUUGCCUGUAACUACAUAUGGACUGGAGACCAUGGCCUUUACAAAGAAAACCUUAGAGCAGCUCAGUACAACUCAAAGAGCGAUGGAGAGGGCCAUGCUAGGGAUUAGUUUGGGAGACAAAAUUCGAAAUAUCGACAUUCGUGAAAGAACAAAGAUUACUGGUGUCGCAGAACGUAUAGCAAGGCUCAAGUGGCAAUGGGUCGGACAUGUUGCCCGAGAUAAUCCCGAAAAAUGGACACAGAGACUAACAAACUGGAGACCAAGAGAGAACAGGCGAGGAGUAGGCAAACCGCAGAAGAGGUGGGCAGAUGAUAUCAAACAAGUCGCGGGCAAACAGUGGAUGAGAAUUGCCAAGAGUAGAAAUCGAUGGAAGCAAAUGGAAGAGGCCUUAUGUCCAGCAGUGGACGAACACAGGCUGAAGAAGAAGAAGAAUCUGAUAAGAAUUGCUUGGUAUAUAAUAUAAUAUAUGCUACCAUCAAUCCUUAAGUGGUUAAGGGUUGAUGGAGUCUUGAUAAGAUGGUAUAUGAUCAAAAUACACAUAAAGUUAUUACUAAUAGUGACAAUUUUUGUCACUGAUAUGUAAGUAUAAUUUGAAUAAUUUUGAGAAGAUCUAUUAAGUUCUUUUCAUUACCAAGUUUAUCUUGUAAUAAUGAUUGUACAGUGCUCUUAUUAAACUUUAUAUCUGUCGAUUGGUGCUAUUUCGUGCGCCGCAAGCGCACUAGGUGGGGGAAAGGGUCGAUGAUAAAUUAAUAAUAAUAGUGUAAUGUUAAGAAAAUGAUAAAUUUAUUUAAAAUGACAUGAAUAAAAAAAUAUGUUCUUCUUCUUCUUCUUCCUCUUUAUAAGCAAUUCUGCUUGUUCAUUGGCGGAUUGGAUACCUCUAUGGAAGGUUGUCACUCCAUCUUUUGCACGGUCGGCCGAUACUUCUUCUGCCGAUUGGUGAUUUAUCUCGUGCUAUUUUGACCACACGUGUCUCCUCCAUUCUGGUUAUGUGGUUGUUCCAUUUUUUUUUCUAUUUAGUGUCCAUUCGUUUAUACACUGUACGUUACAUUGUCUUCUAAUAUCUUCGCCCCUCUUUCGUUCUCUCAGUGUUUCAUUCUUUUUUUCUAUUUAGUGUCCAUUCGUUUAUACACUGUACGUUACAUUGUCUUCUAAUAUCUUCGCCCCUCUUUCGUUCUCUCAGUGUAUUCUUCUCAGUACUCUCAUUUCUGCCGUUUCCAGUAGUCUUUGUGUUGUGGCUGUAUCGGGUCUUGUUUCUGAUGCAUAUGUCAAUAAAAAAAUAUAUAAUAGGAAACUAAGCCGAAUGGUUCGUUUUUAUCGUAUUUUUACGAGUAUUCAAGAACCCUCUCAACUUCGGAGCGCUGAAAAGCGCAGAUAAAUUAAUGAAAUUAAACACACUGUAGUAAAAAUUAUUCGUUGAAAAACCCUCUAUAAAAUUGCUGCAAUGUAAUUUUUUAUUGUAAAAUAAGCAGAAAAAAAUUAUAACGCCCAAAAAAAGAAGUGUUUUAAAAUUUUUAGUUAAUUUUUAUAGUUUAUAACUUUUUUAUUUUCCAUUCUACGAUAAAAGAUAAUACAAAUAAAGUUGUAGACAAUUUAAUUUGCUGCAUAUAAUGUCUUGUAAAACUUUCUGUGGGUCUUUUAUUAUGAGAUACAGCGCGAAAACCAUUUGGACCUGUUUUUCCAAGAUUUUUUCCAAGACCCCACAAACUUGAACUUUAGCUUAUACCCUACACUUCAAAAAAAUGAAAUUGCGUCCUGUGAAAAAUGCAACUCUAAAUAUAACUUUUCAAUGGACUAUGAAUAUGUUCUACCUCUUUCUUCCUUAAAAAAGUUCUUCCUUAGUUUGUAAAAUAUAAUAUAUUAUAUCGGAUUUUGGUACUUACGGUCGACUUUGCCGGUAUUUUUUCUUUUUACUAAUGUUCAACGCACUGGCGGAUCCAGGGGGGUGUCAUGGGGGUCAUUACCCCCCAUAAUUGUAAACCCACGUAUCCUAAGGUUGGUAAGACUAAGUCACCUUGCAUCAGAGAUAGGUAAUUAAAUCACCCUCAAGACCCAUGACCCCCCCCCCCCCCAAAACAAAAUUUCUGGAUCCGCCACUAGUUCGACGCGACUGAUUGGCCUAGACUAGCUGUUAGAAAUAAAUGAAAUUCGUUUGUGUGUGGACCAUUUUGGUGAUACUAAUAAGUUGUGAUGGAGACCGACAGUUCAUGAUUGUUGAAUUGGUGUUUUGCUCAAAUUAUGGAAAUAGGCUACAGACGAGACCAUGCAAAUAUAAAUUCAAUCAAAGUAGGAACUAUACUUUGUAGAAAAUCUAAAAUUGUAAUAUAAUGCCUGGUUUCACAAGUGCGGCUAACUAAUGCAACAUGAACUUUAGUUCUUUAAAGAAUUUUAAGAUAUUCAGCCGUGUGAUGGAUGACCGAAGUUACCUUUAACGUAAAGUUAUCCUGUAGUUAAGUUAUAAUCCUCGAAUUGGUGUGAUGUAUCAUAUUUAACUUAACUACUUGCGUUAUUUCUUGACAGUUCUUGAGUUAUCUGGUAUAUCAACUGUUAUCAACUGUUAUCUGGUAUAUCAACUAUUAAACCUCAAGUUAUGAGAUAACUUUGUAGUUAUGUAAGGAUAUGUAAGGUUAGGUUCAUCUUUUGACUUGUUUUUAGACAGAAAUCAAGUGAAUUUAGAAGCUUAUAAUUUAAUUAUAAAGAAUAGAAGGGUAAUACAAUUUUAAAAAUUAUACAAUAAUCAAAUCGAGAGAUAUAAGUUGAAAUUUUAUUUUAAGUACCUACUGAGCUUCCUAUCCAGAGUUGCCAGAUGAUGUUUUAUAAAUCCCCCACUUAGAAACUGAAAUUCCCUCAAAUUGAAGCUCAAAUACCCCAAAUUUAAAUUUUUGCCGCAGUUUAAUAAAUUAGUAGUCAAAUGAAGAGAACAGUAAACCAAAAUUAUACUAUCUACUUAUCAACGAGGGCCCUGGAAAUAAUUAAUAGUUCCUAUCGUCGUCGAUUAUAUGGGAGUAUAAUAUACAGUUCUAUGUACAUUCACAAAUUUAAUUUACCAUGAGCCCUUAAAAUCCUCCAUAAUUUUCCGCCUCCAAAAAAUCCCACUACAAUUUCUGCUAAGAAAAAUUUCCCUAGACGCUUUCAAAUUACCCCAAAAUUGUGGGAAAAUACACCAAUCUGGCAACCCUGUUUCUUCUACCGUUUGAAACACCACCGAACCCGAACAGCUGUUUGCUGUUCGGUCAUCGACGGUGGCCGACGAUGGGUUUUUACUUUUACGGUCAUCUACCCAUCCUGUAGCAUGUUCCGAACGAUCUCUCGCGCUCACUCCAACUUGUACUAUUUCUACAUAAGGUUCUCUUUGUUACGUCAAACUUUGUUCCUCAAAUGUUAUUUCUAAUGUAACGUUGAAAAAAUAACUAUCUCAUAACUGUGAAGAAUACAUCACACCGAAUUUUACCUAAAUAGUUAUGGGCAUCGUUAUACCUGAGAGUAAUCUUAACUUUUACUGAAACGUUAAAGAUAACUUCGGUCAUCCAUCACACGGCUGAUUGUCUCGAAAAAUCAGUAAGGAAAAUCUAAACGGAAUUUAUGACAGUUGAAAUUUAAGUCAAAAUAUUCCACAAUACUAAAGUAACCGUCAACUUCAUGUUUCAUUAUAUAGUUAAUUAGGCGUCAAAUUAAUUGAUUUUUGUAAAACCGGGUACGAAUCAAUUAAUAGAUAGAUAUACAGUCGGAAAAAUGAAAGAAUACCCAUGGACUAACAUAUAUAACACGCUGUAUUUUCCUGUCACCGUAUCACAAAGAAAAUUGCCCAGCGCAAGUACAUGACGUAAUAAUAAUUAUUACAUGUACUUGCGCUGGCCAAUUUUUUGUGUGACACGGUGACAGGAAAAUACAGCGUGUUUUAUAUCUUCGUUCAUGGGUAUUCUUUCAUGUUUCCUACUGUAUACAGGGUGUGCCACAAUAUUUUUAAAUUGCAAAAUAAUUUUACAAGAUAAUUUAUUAAUUUAAUAGGACCUUCCUCUGUAUUUUCAACAUACCUACUUGAAGUUAUUAACGUAAUCGUUAUGCUAUUAUGAUGUAGCAUUAUCGUAAUUAAGAAAGUUAAAUCGAUACAGAGUGUCAGUUAUUUAUUAUUAUCUUCUUUAUAUUCAACCAACUCAAAGAAUAAUCAAGGUGUCUGACCAGAUACACUAGUCAAGAAGCGGAAUGGUCUCCACACUCAACAUUGACGUCUCGAAGAAGCCUAUAUUCGCCACUCUUGGCAUAUCUUGCAGUAUUCUUAUUAACAAUAUCCAUUUCCGGACCAAUCUUUCUGAAGUUCCAAGUAAUGUUCACAAUGCUCCUUAACACUUCAUUCUGGAAUCGAUGAAUGAGGUCUAAAUUACUUUUACUGGUACAACCCCACGGCUGACCCAUAAAAUUUUCGUAUCUACGUAACCAAAGAACAUCCUGGUUCUGAAAUAUCCGAGAGUGGUAUCAAGAGACAAGAUAUCCGCUAAUCUGUUUCGAACUGCCGUAAACAAAGUUAUUAUUACCAAUCUUAUAGCCAACGUUCGAUAAUCGGACAAGGUACUGAAAGAAAAAGAAGGGAAUAGUGACGAUGAUCGAGAAAACUGCUACGAACUAUAUACGGAGGAGUGAAUACAGUGCAGGACGAAAAACAAGAUCAAAUAACGAGAUAGCAACAAUCAAUGAAUCUAAAAUAGCGACAUACAUAAACGCAUAUAGAAUAAAGUGGUUUGAGCAGAUUGAAAGGAUAAAAAUAGUCCUAAUAUAAAAACUAUUAGGAAACUACGCAGAAACCAUACAAAACAUGAAUGAAAAGUGUGAAAGAAAAUAUAAAACUCUAAAAAAAGAAUGUGUGUACUUUGUACGCACGUAAGAAGUUAUACUAACUUCUAUUAUAUGAUUUCAACGAAAUCAAUAUACUUUAAACAGUUUAUUUAUAUUUAAUUUUAAUAUUAAACUAAUUUUAAUACUACUUUCCAAAAAAUUUUAUUAAAACAAUACCAAAAAUUAAAAAAAUAAAAGAAUAAAACACACACAAACACCUUGAAAAAUGCCACAAAGAAAUGAUUUCUGAACAAUAAUUGUUGCCAAAAAUUUUAACUAAAUAGGUACGUAUUUUCUAAAAAAAAUUAUAUAAUAAUAUACUUACAAUUAUAAAAUGUAUAAAAAAAAUAAUAACUUGCAUUGGGGAUCGAACCCGCUUCCCGUCGAUCGAAAAUCAAAGCGAUUUCCCAUUGCGCCACCUUCGCGUAUCUGUCAUGUGGGAAUAUACACCAACUGAACGUUUACACCAUAAACUUUUUGACAGUUGCUUAUUACUUAUAUGAAUUUAAUCAAAUUAUUAGUUUGAUUUUUGUCGAAUUAAAAUAUUAAAAUACAACAAAAUAUCAAGUAAGAAAACGAUAUAUUAGAUGAAGAUUUGUAGAAAGUUUGUUCGUAAUCAAAUUAUGUACAUUAAAGCAUUACCUUUUAAUACGCAAGUACAUUAUUUUUUUACAUUUUCCAAACGGGUAUGAAGAUAUUUUUUUUUAUUACAAUACAACUGACACGUUUAGAAUUACGUACCUGUGGCUUUUCAAAACUAUUUAAAAAGUCACUACAAUAAUUAUAAACUUGCUUUUGUUUCUGUCUUCACAACAAUAAAAACUAAUAUAUUAUACAACAUUUGUUUAUCGAUAACCUCCAUAUUGAACAAUUAUUGACAGAUCAUUUCAAUACCUAAUCAGAGCCCGUAUAACGACUAAUACCAUACUGCCGGUGUGCGCAUGCGCCCAGGAAAAUAAAAAUUCACUCUCGCGCCUGAAGAAGUAUAACUUCAAAAAUAAGAAAUUGGAAAAAAUAAACGAUGUAAUGAAGAACUACGUGGAGUUAUAGCGUUGAUUGAUAAAUAUACAGAGUUGAAUGAUAAAUAUACUCUGUAUAUUUAUCGAUCAACGGUUAUAGUAUAGUAUAUAGUGAAACCAUUUAGUUGCGAGAAAAAAGUCAAAUCUUUGUAUAUUAUAAUGGAAUAACGAGCCGUGCGGUACAUCUUUUCAAUAUGAUGCAAGUCUUAGAAACGCCGCCCCUUAAGUAUUAUUGAAACUUAACUUUUAUUUUUUUUUGAAAAUAUAAAUGAACCUACACAAAAUAAAGGAAAACUUUUAUUUUAAAAAUAAAACAUACUUUAAAUUAAAUGAAAUAUGUAUUAACAUUAAAUAACAUUUACAAAAAUUACAAUUUUGCCUUCUUUAGUGACUUUAAUUUUGGCAAACUCGUCAAUCAGAUUGGUUAAAGUAGGAGGUAGUGAGGACUCUAUUGAAAUGAGUGCUAUUCUUUAAUUUUGUUUGUCUUAUGGAGUUUAGUAAAUCAUUUUAAAUUUUGAAAAACUUCUUUACCCACUAGCUACCGAGACAGGGAGUGUUAAUAAAAUUGAUAAUUGACAUAUUUGUAAUGUACAGAAAAAUUACAUACAAAUAAAAAAAACGAUCAAAAUAUAUUCAGUAGAUCCCAAGAUAUAGAAAAUGAUAGUAGUUUUAAGUUGCCUUUUUUAGUUUUUGAAUUCGUUCAUUUGUCGGCUCCCAGCCCCCCUUCACUUACCAGGAAUAGUCACCAAUUGAAUUACAUUUUUAAAAAUUCGUGUAAAAUACCAGCUUUUCUAAUAUGUAAAAGGAUUUUUUCUACGGACAAUAUUUUAAAAGUUAUUCUUAAUGUUUAUAAACUACAAAAUUUCAAAAAUUUGGCAUUAGGAUUUUUGAUUAUAGUAGAUAAUUUUUUAUUUUUUUAGUACAUUUUGACAGCAUCAGUAUUCUACUUUCAUUUGUUAUUGCAAAAUAAAGGUCUCUGGGAUAAACAAGUAGAAUAACUCUUAAACUAAUUAAUGGAACGGUCUCAAAUUUUGACGGUUUGUUAAGUACCCCAAUACCCAACUUUGGAGAAACACUAAAGUUCUAAGGUAGUUUAAGGCUAUGGGUACAUAAUUCUCAAAUAUUUUACGUGUAUCCCUACUUUUUCUGUCUUUACACGGCAAAUUACGUGUAGUAAAAUUCACACUGGUAUGGAUAUGUAAACAUUACUAGAAUGUCAUUCUACUUGAAAAUGUCAUCAUUAAUUUAAAGAGAUGGGUUUCGAAUGUUCUUGGAUAACUGUUAUUUUUAUAAUUGCAAAUUAUUAAUUCAGUUAAUAAAUGGGAUAAUUUUUUCACUAACUAUGUAUUCAUUGUUUGUAAUAAUUUAUUUGUACAAAAAAGACUAAUACUCAAUCGAGAAAAGAGGAAAAGUGUUUAAGUGAUUUUUUAAUAAUAUAUUGUUAUGGAACGCUUACAAUUUUGAACAUCUUUAACAACAAAAUACUUGGAUCACAGAAUAUAUUAUCCUGAUGUAUUCUCUGCUUGGAUCUUCCACAAAUAAUACACAAUAAAUAACUUUUUAUUAAGUUCACGUCUUAAAUCAAUUAUUUAUCAAAUACACAAUAUCAAUAAUAUUUAAUCAAUAACUCAACAUAUUCCCGAUGCAAUGUCAAAUAUUUAAAAUUGUCACUGAUUGUCAGUGUCUGACUGAUAAUAUAUGCUGACAAUAUUAUAUUCGGCUGAGUGCGUUGUAAGGCAAAGAUAGAUUUGGAAAAUAUUGCCACGGCAUUGUGUUCAUUUUUUUCGAAUCCUGAAAAAACCAAUAAAUAUUUUUGAAAAAUUUAAACGCAGAAUGAAAGACUAAAUUAUUACCGAGGGCCGAAAGUCCCUUAGAAUAAAUAAAAAGUUUAUUUUGAAUGAUAUAUUUGAAAUUAAAAAUCACACUAAAUUUUCUCUUAGUUUUUCACCCCUGUUACUUAUUAAAUUAAACAUUGUAGAAGUUCUCAGGGACUUUCGGCCCUCGCUAAUAACGUAAUCUUUCCUUCUGCGUUUAAAUUUUUUAAAAAUACUUAUUAGUUUUCUCAGGAUUCGAAAAAAAUGAAUCCCCAUUUGAAUAGCAUUGCAGCCGACAAUACGUACCGAUCCUCUUAAGUAAAAGUUAUUAACAAAUAACGAUUUUCACUUAUUUUACAGUUUGCGUAGCAACAAAUUAAUUUUUUAACUGUCAAAAAUCGGCAUUUUGAAGGUUUUUUAAUGUUCUAAAAAGUUAAAUUUUGUAAUUUUAUGUCAACUAUUUAGCUUUUGAAUGGGGUGCAAAAAAUCGACAAAAUUGCAAUUUUUGCACUAAACUGUUAAUAAUUAAAAAACGGACGUGAACUCUAGACACAGGAAACAGGUAGGUUUUCUUCCUAUAGGUCUACAAUAACUAAAAUAAUAAUCAGCUACCUGGAUCUUUGAAUGUCCCGAACAUGGUCUAUUUCUAGCUUAUUUUCCUGGAGUAUUGGCAAUUUUUGCUAUUUCGACAAUUUUGUUUAAAAUAAUAUUACCCGUUAAACUUAUCAAUUCAUCUUACCCACUGUUGCUUAAAUAAGUCACAAGCCAUGUAUCAGACUCUCUUUGAACUAUCCUGAUAUGCUCUUUCAUUACUGGAUCAAACUAAGAGAGCAAUUAUUGUACUUGGACUUAAAAAAGUUUCCAUUAUUAGGUUGAAACAACUAAUCAGUUGUUCCACGUAAAGCUAUUGUGAGGCCAAAAGUCUAAUUCUUUUCAAAAUUUCUCUCCAAUAAUGUUGAAUUGUCCAUUAUUAUAUUAGAUUUUACUGAUUAUGCCGCCCCCUUGUGAUGCCGCCUGAUGCGGCUGCCUCACCGCAUCAUAUCACGGCACGGCCCUGGGAAUAACGUAUAAGUUUUGCUACUAACUAGAAGUUUGUUAUGUGAACAAAGAUUAAAUUUAAUAUAAUAAUAAUCCUCAAGGAAUCCUUGGAUAAGGAAAAUGUUAAAUAUAUUCAAACGCCCUCCACUAACAACAUCUAGCCGUGUAUAAUAACGGUUUACGCCUGAUCAGAAUAGCGCCCUUAGUGAACAACACAAUAGCUGAACUGAAGCUUAAACCAACAUUAUUUGUGCGUGGUUAGUCGAGAUAUAUGGGUAGGUGGAACGACGAAUAUAUCGACCUAUUUGUUUAUUUGCCUUUGUGUAACUAAGACAUCGGGUCCUGCACCAUUGUCCUUACCGUUCGCCGGCAAGUGAUGAAUAUUGUUGAAUUCGGUUAAGGCGAGACAAGUGCAUGGUCUGGAGCUAUGCUGUUUUUGGUUUCCGCAACAUUUUUCACAUGUUAGAGAUGCCAGAGAAGACUAAAUAAUAGUUUUACAAACUAACGCAAAUUAUAAUGAUAAAUAAUGAUUGACACAAAUCGUAAACAAUCCUCUUCAGAUUGGUUAAUAGAAAGAACAUAAUUACUCAAAGAAAAUUAGUUUAAUAGUAACCUGGACGAACGAUUUAUAGCACUAGAAUUUACUACUCAUCGUCAGGUCCCUGAUAAUAAGUUUACAACUACCACAAAAAAAAAAUUUAGCUGUUAUACCUCAAAAAUUAUGCCAUUAUUAAGUCAUAGAUUAAUCCUAUGCCGGUGGUGUGUGUUGACGGAAUUAAUUAAAAAUAAUUGUAACAACGAACAGUAAUAUAUUUAUUUAUUUUGGGCAAACCAGCGUGGUGUUUUGCUUAUAUCUCGAAAGGGUAUUGUUAGCGAGAGCGAGGGUGUGUCUGAAUCGUUCGCAUGCUGUGUAGAGACUGACUUGCCGGACCACCAACUAUAUGUCAACGGGUUUGCGGUUUUGCGAUAAUUGCCAGAAGGGCCAUAAAUUACUGCAUCUGCCUUUUUAAAGAUGAAAACCAUUUGUAUUUUAAGAAGUUGACAUGAAGAGUGUGGCAAUCUGGCAUCGUAAUCAAUUAGUGUUUCCUUGAAAAAAAAACAUUAAUUUUGUACAAUCUUGUUGUUUCGUUUUGAGACAAGUUAUUAAAAAUUAAGAAAAUAAAAUUAGCAAAAAUAGUAAUUAAAGCGUAUCGCUAUAAUCCUUUUGUUUUUUGGCACUGCCAUACGAAUUCUACAUAUCAAACGGCAAUGCUUGGAAGUGUUGCGAUCAAUCAGUAAAUAAGAAUUGUUCCUCCCACUCAGUUUUAAAUUCACGAAUCGAGAUAUCGUCCUCCUAUUUUUAUUUUGAAGUUAAUGGAUUGCUCUUGAUCGUGUCGAAAACAACUAUUGUCUUCUUCUUCUCUGUAGUUCCUUCUAUCGGAGGUUGGCCAUCAUCACAGCUAUCCGUACGUUAUUGGCGGCAGCUCUGAAAAGAUCUACUGAGCUGCAACUAUACCACUCUCUUAAGUUUCUCAGCCAGGAAAUUCUUCUUCUACCUAUAGAUCUUUUACCCUUUAUUUUACCUUGCAUUAUGAGCCUUAAUAUCUCAUAUUUCGUAAAUAAAUUUUAAAACACUAUAGCUCACGCUGAGUCAGCCCAUUGGCGGAUCCAGGGGAGGCUCCCUCUCAUACCAAGUUAUAUAUAAAAAUUAUAAAAAGAUUCAUUUAUUUUUCAUACAAAUUUAGCCAAUCGCCCCCCCCCCCUCUUGACGAUGUUGGAGCCUGCUGGAUCCGCCACUGAGUCAGCCGAUCAUAUCCCAUGACACAUUAUCGUAAUUAUAAUAGUUGACAAUGGCAUGGAUAAACGAUGACUAAGGCCCGGCGCAAAUUGAACCUAAGCCAGACACAACCUGCGUCGGCGGGACAAGUGACCCGUGCAUUUAUUUUUUUAGCGCUACUUCUUCUUCUUAAAGUUCCCUCUCCUAUCGGAGGUUGGAUAUCAUAAUGGCUAUGGUCACUGUGUUUGCUGCUGCUCUGAACAGUUGUAAUGAACUACAGUUAAACCAUUAUCUAAGGUUCCUCAGCCAGAAGAUGCGUCUUCUUCCUAUGCUUCUUCUUCCUUGGAUCCUUCCUUGCAUAAUAAUUCUCAGCAACUUGUAUUUUUCUCCUCUGGUAAUGUGACCCAAAUAUUCCAGUUUUCUAGUUUUUAUACUCUUCAUAAUUUCUAACUCCUUAUUUAAACGUCGCCGUCGUAGCACUUCAACAGUGGUAAUCCUUUGAACCCACUGAAUUUUCAAUAUUCUUCUGUAACACCACAUUUCGAAUGCUUAUAUUCUUCUUAUGUGUUGUCUAUUCAAUGUCCAAGCACCCCAAAUUAAACCCAAUCCGACCCAACCGUUGGCUGUCGCUGUGGCGAAUAGAGAUGGGCAAAAUCAGUGCGGACUUGUAACGGUUACUUUUGAUACCGGUUCUCAGUGGUACUGAGUACAAAUACUGAUUACAAAAAAAUACUGAUGUAUCUGAUACUUGUACUGAAUUGAGUAGGCAACGUAAAAUCGGUAUUUCCGUACUUGUAACUAGUAACGUUUUAAAAAUAUCUUACACGUCCCUAGUAGUCGUAGCGGUAUGACUUUCGAAAACAUCGAAUUUGAUCACAAGCGGAUGCAUAAAAAGAUAUUGAGUAUUUUAUUUUUGCACAUAAUACCUACAUAUUUAAAAUAAUCUCUCCCCGACUGCUCGGUCAUAACUCAUAUUCCUCAAUUUACUGCUCGGAUCACAAUCAUUUACAAUUACUGCAGGUAACACUGUAUAAAAAUAACACUAUCUGCAUAUUUCGUUUUUAAUUUUUAAGCAUAAAAAUGUAAUAUGUAAUACACAAAAAUGUAAUAUGCCGACAAAUGGAAUUUGAGGGUAAUACGAUAUUUUUAUCGAUCACGGUUUUAAGUAACAUGAAUAAUUUUUAACCUUAUUUUUCUAAUAAUGUGUUUUUUCUAAAGGCAUAACUUUGAUUAUUAAUUUCGUAUCGCCGCUUAUUUAGUCUACCAAAAGUUAUCAGAAUUUAAUGACAAAGACAACGCAGUUUUCACUCGGGGUAUUGACUAUGCUAAUAUUUUUAUUUAUCAUAAAAUCAUAAUAAAUUGUGCUUAGGUACCAUCCGUAUUCAUUUCAGAUAAGUUCAUCUCGCAAACAAAAACAAGUAAAAAUAAACAUCUGGCGGUGAGUCACGCGUCCCACGGCCCAAGAAAACUGUACGCCGAUGACAGUCGUUCCCAAGCGCGACCUGCGAACGAAUACACUGAUAGUAGGAUGCGCAGAACUGUAUACGCAGUUAGCCGGUGCAGGUUGUGUGUCGCUUAGGUUCAAUUUGCGCCGGGCCUAAAGUGUUUGGGCCAGAUUGCAGCUGCUGAUUUAGAGUGAGAGCCAGUUACAAGAUGAAUUUUAAUUGGUUUUGAUGUAAUUUUUUUUUAUUUUUCGAAGUUUUCGCGUAUUACUUCUAAUAUUCCGCUGUACUGCUUUGAGUUGUCAAACCUCCCCCUUCACGUAUUUCACUGUGUAUCUGACAGUCUUACGUUGAUCCAUAUCCGUAUCUGAUAGUCUUAUGUUGUUCUAACAAUAAAACACUGAAAACGUUUGUUUUCUAUACUUCCACAAAAUUUAUUAUAACUAAGUGACUACAGCUGUUUCGGCAGAGUGCCUUUCUCAAGUGAUUUAGUUUACUAUGGGUUUGCCUUUUUAAAGUCUUUAAUUGAAGAGGUUGAGGAGUAGCUGUUUGUCUCAAGUUGGUCAUUCAGAAUUAUAUCUGUAUUUUUUCAUUUAUUAAUUUCCAUAGAUUCUAAUAAAGAUAGCUUAAGGCCUUUAUUUUGAAUAUGCAAAACUUGAAACUCUUCAUUAAAAGAAUGAUUAUGAUCUAGAAGGUGAAGUGCGUAUGUAGAAGUGUCUGUUUUUCUAUUGUUGAAAGCCCUUUUGUGUUCUGCUAUCCGUUUGUCAAAGGUUCUGCCAGUUUGACCGAUGUAAGUUUUCGGACAGUCACCACAAGUUAGUUUGUAGACACCACUCUGUAGUUGUUUUCUCUUUCGGCUCUUAUUGUUCUUAAUAUAUUUGCUUAAGUUGUUAGUUCUGAAAGCUGGUGUUAUUCCUUUCUUUUUUAUGCAUCUGGCUAUUUUUGUUGUUAUCUUGCCAGUAUAUGUGAUAGAGCAGAAGGUACUGGGUUCUUUCUGUGGUAGUGGAUAGACUAAUUUCAGGGCUUUCUUAUGGAGUUUUUGGUUUAAAAUUUUAUUAAUUGUUUGUUCGUUAUAGCCAUUGUUUACUGCUAUUUGUAAACCCAUAGUAAAGGCAAACCCAUAGUAAACUAAAUCACUUGAGAAAGGCACUCUGCCGAAACAGCUGUAGUCACUUAGUUAUAAUAAAUUUUGUGGAAGUAUAGAAAACAAACGUUUUCAGUGUUUUAUUGUUAGAUAAAAUUAACUUCCAUCAAGUAACGGUCGAAUCCAUCAAUUAUGUUGUUCUAUCCAUAUUAGCUCUUGUGAAUGUCCUGUUUGAUAAAUAUGUAAGAAUGGGAAAAAUGCACUGAAUAAUUUUGUUUUUUGAUACCCAAGAAAGUUCCCAUACUUCUUAAAAACUAUAAAACUAACGAAUCACGAAAAAAUUUGCAUGGUCUCCUUAAACCAUGGGCCAUUAUUAGUAAAUAGUUUAUUUAUAUAAAUUACCUGCUUCCAUAAUCUGAUUUUAUUUUUAAUCAAGACUUAAUUUUUAUCAAUAUUAACAAAAUGUCUAUUAGAUAAGUAUUUAUAUUUUAAUUGUAAAACAAAAUAGGGUAUUGUAUCAAAUUUUAUUGCGAAAAAAAUCAAUAAAAAAACUCUUGGAUUGUGCAUUUAGUGGAUAAUUUAUUAAUACAUAUGCCAAGACCCAAGAAAAAGUUUGUGAAUCUUUUUGAUUUUGUAAAUACUUUGUUAAUUAAAACUUUGUUAACUUUAUGAAAUAAUAGAUUGAUAUAUUCGAUGUUUGAACAACAAAAACAGUGUGCCCUUUUUAUUAUUUUCUCCUAUAUUUCCUUUUCAUACAUUUAUGGCUGUUUCUUCAAUUUUAAACCUAUCCUAACUAUACAGAAUUGUUUAUUAGUCUCGUCAGGGUAUAAAAAGACAAAAUUUGAGAAAAGAUACCUCUGAAUAUAUUUGUAUCUAAACUUUUUAUCUUUUAGCAGUUAGUUCUAUUUAAUCAGUGACCAGAAUAUGGUAUUGACUUCAUCCGUAUUUAAACGGCUUAGCAGAAAAUGAAAAAUGAUAAGAAAUAAAUACAUUACAACAAAUUUGGAAACAAACAAUACACUGAGAUUUGUCAUGUCCAAAACAAAACCUAACAACACACAAGAAAGAUCAAAGAACUGCAUCUAUAAAAUACCCUGUGAAUGCAACAAUUUCUAUGUGGGAGAAACAUCAAGACCACUAAGUGUCAUGAGAAACGAGCAUGAAACAUACAUAAAAAACAGAGAGUUGGUCAAAUCACAAAAUUAGCAAACAUGCCUGGAACAACGAUCACAGAGUACAAUGGAAAUAUGCCUCAAUAGUCAUGAAAGAAACACAGCAAAAAGAGAAAAAUCAAAGAUGCAGCUCUCAUCUGACUCAAUGAAGAAAAAUCUGUAGCAUACCCAUUCGCAGAAUGUAGCAAGCUCUGAUUGCCAAUAGUAUAAAAGAAGAAGUCACCAGCAUUAGCGAAUUGAUAGGAAAUCAUUGACACAUCAUCUGAAAUCGUACAACACACAAUACGUAAACCCGCGAUAAAUGCGAACAAUUUAUUGUAACGAUAUAUUGCUAUGAUUUAUUGAUUUUUUUUAAGUUUGCUUAGACGCUGCGAUAUAUUGUCGCGAUUGAUUAUAAACUGAAACAACUCGAUCGUUACAAUAAAUUGAUGCAAUCCAUGCAAUCAAUGCAAUCCAACUUCAAUGCCGAUAAACCGCUGCGAUAUACCGUUUACACACAACGAUAAAUUGAAACAACUCGAUCGAUAUCGAUAAAUUGCUAGGAUUUAUCGCGGUGUCUAAACGCUGCCUAAUACAUAACAUAGAAACGUCACCCUCAGAAUUAUCAUCUAAAAGCAUGUCCUACAACAUUAAGGCCAAGUAAGUCAAUCGUCAAUUUGGAAAACAGUAACCGCCAAACACCUUGGUUAUAAUAACAGCUCAUCAUUUUAAAGUAAUACUAUGAAAGCGUUUUCCGAGGGGAAAUCGACAUGUCAAAUAACAAUUCUUCUUUCGUCCAUUUUUGGGCAUUGAAUUUGACGCGAUAAAAACUUUGAUAAGAUGCUGGUUGCAAGUGAUACAAAACGUGUGAAAGAUAUGAAUUUAUUGACUCUAAAACACUAAAUUAAACAGUAAAAUAUAGGAUAAGUCCACUUUGAACUGUCUAAAGUUUGAUAAACACGACACGACCACUUUUAAGAGAUUACGAUGCACGCUAAGGGAUUGUUUCACCCAUAUGACUUGGUCGUGGUGACUCGACACGUAUGCUUUACGAACCUUUCUUGGGCGACUGCUGCUUGGCGAUUGCCCUUAUCGUAUGAGGACAUGUGGAUAUUAUAUUGAUAUAAAAAUACCACGUUGCCACGUCAUAAGAAAAGGCAUUAAAUUAAAGUAAAGUAGAAUAGGGCAUAAACAGACAUGUCUCUCCCAAUUCUAUCCAUUGAUUUCUAUCCUAAGCAACAUACUUCCAAUUGGUUUCGGCUAUUUUUUAAUAUCAUCUAUCUACCAAUGUCAUCUGUGGUAUUUCUCUUAGUCGUGUAACUUUUUAAGGUCUCCAAUCUCCAAUGCUGUGGCGUUGUAACGUUGGUCUCUGUUUGAUUGUUGAAGCUCUUUUGAAGCUCCAUUUGAUUUUUGCAUUUUUUGUGGUGAUAUCUUCGACUUUUGUUUUUGAUCUUAUCACCCAGUCGUUCCUCUUUCUAUCUGACAGUCGUAUGCCUAACGUCUUUUCUGUUGGGUAGUUUAUUCAUAUUUGUCUUGGUUAGAGUACAAUUUGACAUCCAUACGUUAUGAUCGGAAGGAUGCACUGAUUGAAAACUUUGCUCCUCAAGUAUUGAGGUACUUCGCGGUUUUUGAGUAUCCAACUUAGUUUUCCAAAUCCUACCAUGCUAGUCUUACUCUUCAAUUGAUCUACAUUACAACAUUAGCAACUAUAAAACAAUGGAAGCUUUUAAGUAGUAUUUUUAUUGUAAAUAGAUUUUUAAUGUAACAAUUUCUAUAUUUACCUACAUUGUACAUAACAAAAUUUUGUGAAGAAAAAGAUUCUCGUUAUUUCGAUAAUGAACUGUGAAUAUAAUCUUUUUAAUUUUUAAGUUACAAUGAAUAUUGGUUAUGAGCAUGUGCGCUCGUUGUAUAAUAACUUCCAGUUGAUGUCAAGAUUGACCAACAUAUCAGAAAUUAAUUUGUCACAGUGAAUAGAGAAUCUUUCAUUUUAUUCCUUUUUAAAUAUCCACUAGAUGCCUUUAUCCAAACAAAAUAUAAGUUGAUAUAAAAAAUCGACUAAUAUGACGAAAAAUAUGCCGUGCAUUUUGUACAUUUUAUUUAUUUAGAUAAGAACGACUGUAUUUUGACUUAAUAUUUUUCUUUUUUUUUUUUGUCUGAUGCAGACAAACAAAUCAAUUUUAUGGAAAAUAAAUGAAAAAGUGUGAGUUUUUAUGAAAUUGGUAAUUCAAUUUCACAUAAUUGAACGAAAGUGUUCAUUCGAUAAGAAUCUUUAAAAAUCUAAUUUGUUUAAUAAAAUAAUUUUUAAAUUCUAA